AUGGCGGAUGAAGGCCUAUCUCUAACCUCUAUGUCACCGUCACUGUCGGUCCCUAGCCCCUCGACCCAUUUCUAUCCCUUUGCGACAUCCCCGGAUAUCAUCCGCUCUCAUGAGAAAGACAUUUUCCUGACAUCAAACCUGGUGUACCAAGCUCAAUCCAUUGUUCGCUCACUGCGUGGAGCUCGGGUCGCACAUACAUACUCGGAUGCCAUCAAAAAUCUUACCGAAAUCCUAUACUUUUCCUUGACGACCUUGAUCGGGAAUCGAACUCUCGGGGAGGAAUACUGUGAUCUUGUUCAAUUGGAGGAUGAUACUCUUCGGCUCCCAUCGAUCUCGAGACGAGCUGGGUAUAUUAUGAGCAGCGUCCUUGCUCCAUGGAUUCUUCAAAAAAUUCUUCCCGUCUUCCGCCAGCGACUACGUGCCAAGUUAGAACGCAGCAUUGCCCGACAACAGCUCAAGGCCCAGCAGACAAAAGAAUCUGCAAGCAAAGUCAAGGGGAAUUCCCCAAAGAAGGGUAACUUGUUUACAAAGCUGCGCAUUCAGCGAUAUAUCUUAGAGCAUCUUGACUCGAUCACAUCACUUUCUCCCAUUUACGCCCUCAGUAUUGCAACCUUUUACUUUACAGGCUCCUACUACCAUCUGUCGAAACGCUUCUGGGGCCUUCGCUAUGUGUUCACAAAAAAGCUCGAAGAGAAUGAACAGAGGGUGGGGUAUGAGGUGUUAGGAGUUUUGCUAGUUCUUCAGAUUGCGGUACAAAGCAUACUGCACAUUCAGAAGGUCGGCCUGUGUCUUCAACAAGAAGAACAAAGUAUUCAAUCCGGGUCGGCCGACCUCAAAUCUCAAGAUGGCUCCCUGAUUCACUCGAUUGAUAACCCCUCCUCUCUUCCUCUACUGCCGGCUACCGAUGCUCGGUAUGAUCUUACUGAAGACCCGAACGCCAUUCCGUGGAUACCCUCCGGCCAACAAAGCAAGUGCACCCUUUGUCUAGAACUCUUCAAGGAUCCAAGUGUCACAACAUGCGGUCAUAUAUUUUGUUGGACGUGCGUCCGCGACUGGGUACGCGAGAAGCCCGAGUGUCCGCUUUGUCGGCAAGAAGUUCUCCUUUCGAAAGUACUGCCCUUGAGGGGGUAG